CAAUGCUUCCAUUCCGAAGCAACAAAAAUGAAGUUUUUCAUGGUUUUUCGUAGGCAAAAUUGUAUAUCACAAACUGUUGAAUAGAUCCCAACGCCCAGUGAAGACUUAAAUUUCACCGACGUAUUCCCUUAUGGUAGCACUUCCACAAUAUCUUCGUUGGUCAAUAAAGGAUUUUUCUUCACAUUUCGUGCUUUCCAUAUUGCCUAUUGUGAUAAGUGAAGAUCUUCGUCAUGAAAAUAAACUCCACGAAGUGUCUCCAAGUGUUGACCUCAAGGUGGUCGAACCUCUCAUUCCAAUGUCGCCCCAUCAGUAUUUCCAAAGUCGUCAACAAUAAAUCCCCUCUAUCUGGAAUUCGAGUACUAGACCUCACUCGAAUCGUAGCGGGUCCCUACUGCACUAUGAUCCUCGGUGACUAUGGUGCCGAAAUCCUAAAGAUCGAGAGACCAGGGACCGGAGACGAGAGUCGUCACUGGGGCCCGCCCUUCCUCCCCAACAGCAAAGACUCUGUUUAUUUUCUCAGCGUGAAUAGAAACAAGAAGAGCAUUUGCAUUGACAUAAAGAAAGGUCGAGAUAUAAUCUAUGAACUGGCUAAAAAAUCGGAUGUGUUGAUUGAAAAUUACGUGCCUGGCAAGCUGGAAAAGAUGGGGCUGGGGUACAGAGACAUCAAACGAAUAGCGCCCCACAUAAUUUAUUGUUCAUUAACUGGAUAUGGGUACGAAGGGCCUUACGCUGAUCGCCCAGGUUACGAUGUAAUUGCUGCAUCAAUGGGAGGGUUGAUGCACAUCACUGGACCUAAAGAUGGUGCUCCCUGUAAAGUUGGAGUCGCAAUGACAGAUUUAGCUACAGGACUCUAUGCUCAUGGAGCCAUAAUGGCUGCUCUCCUCCAAAGAGGUGAAACGCAUGAAGGACAGUGGAUCCAGUGUAACCUUUUGGCCACCCAACUUGCAACGUUGAUCAACGUAGGGUCGAAUUAUUUAAACGGUGGGAGAGAGGCAAAACGUUGGGGCUCCGAGCACGAGAGUAUUGUGCCUUAUGAGGCUUUUGAAACUGCUGAUGGCUACAUGACUGUUGGCACUGGAAGCGAUGCUCAGUUUCUUGCAUUAAUAAUGAGAAUGAAAUUACCAGAGUUGGGGGAAGAUGAUAGAUUUAAGGAUAACACAUCCAGGGUCAAACAUAGGCAGGAAAUGUUGAAGAUUUUGAGGGAUAAGUUCAAGAUGAAGACUAAUCAGGAGUGGUCGACCGCAUUCCAAGGAUCACCCUUUCCUUAUGGGCCGAUUAAUACCAUUGGACAGGUGUUUGAUGAUCCUCACGUCAAGCACAUCGAGAUAGUCAAAGAGAUGGUACAUCCUAAAAUGGGAAGAGUCAAAAUGGUUGGACCAGCUGUAAAACUCAGUUAUGGGACUAAUGAAGUUAGAUCGGCACCACCGGCGUUAGGAGAACAUACAGAGGAAGUUUUGAGAGAUGUUUUGGGAUAUUCAAAAGAAGAGAUUGGAAUUCUUAUUGAUAAAAAAAUAAUACAAUGAGCCGAUUACAUAUUAUUCAAAGAUUCCAAUAUUUUUAUGCACAAUGAUAUAUUUUUUAUCAAUAAAUUCACAUUCAUACAACGAGAAAAUUAUUUAUUAUCCUAUAAACCACUUAAUGAUUUCAAUAGUCUUUUCUCGCUUAACAGGUCUUCAUCUUUUGGAACGAAAAAAAGAACU